AUGAAAGCCAUGAAGGUCUUGAAGCUCAACCUCAAAAGGCCAGCUGCCAGUGGCUUGGAAAGCCUUGAAAGAAAAGAAGGGAUGAGCCUGGAAGACAAGAUGGAGCUCUUCAGGAAGAAGGGGAACAAGGAUGUGGGUUCCUUUUUGGAUUCCCUGACUAAGCAGCAAAGGGAAGCUUUGUGGCAGAGGUUUGCCAGUGCAAGGGCUUCUCUGAAGGAUGGUGAGGCUGAUGCCAUGUGGGCAGAAGUGGCCAAGGGCAAGGGGUCAGAUGGCCCAAAGAAGAAGCUGCUGGGCACCUUCUUGAAGCUGGGGGGUGACCUGAAAGGCAAGAAGGACCUCUGGCACAAGGAGCUGCUGACCUACAGCAAAAGCAGUGGUGAAAGGCACACUGAGGAGUGGGUGCCCUUCCAAGCCAUCCUCAAGAGGUUUGGGCUGCAGGAAUGCCUCAGACAUGAGUGGCAGUUCAGCUUGAGAAAGUCUGUGGCAUGGACUGAGGAGGAGGCCAGGCAUAGCUUCCAAGGUGAAAGCAAUGUGAAGGUUGAAGCAGCACACUGGCUGGAGCUGAAAGCAAAGGGGUUGCUGGAGGAUGGAGCUGAGGACAAGACCCUGGCAGACAAGGCCCUCCAGGAUGUCUUGCCCAGUAACAGCAAGGGCUCCGGCAACAAGCAGCCCCUGGCCUUGAAAGACAAGAGUGAGGAUGAGAAGGUGGGCAAGGCCCUGCCAAAGAAGGAAGCUGCUCUCAGGGUCACCAGGAUGGUCAAGCUACUGAAGGCAGUCAAAAAGGAUGUUGGUGCUGCAAAGGGAAAGCCUUUGGAUGAAUGCCUGGCAAAGCUUGAGAAGCUGCAAAAGAUGGGGGACAAGGUAAGCCUGGAGGAUGCGAAGGGGAAGCUCUUUGAUGCUGCCAUCCAGAUCAAGAAGGGGCCAUCUGUCCAAGCUCUUGCAUUGGCAGCAACCAAGAGUGGUGCUAACUCUGCUGAUUUGCAGCAAUUGGCUUCACUGGGGAACUAUGGGAGGUCUUCUGAGCACAUAGCCUCCCAAAUGAUUUCCAAGUAUUGCAAGUCAGACAGCAUCAAGCUUCCUGAGCCCUACUUUGUUGACACCCCUGUUCGUGUGAGAACUGCAGAUGACUGGGUGGUUGCUGUCAAGCCAGUGGCAUUGUACUUGCCACAUGAGUGGUUUGCAUGGCUACAGCUAGAGGAGCAAGCUGCUGGCUUUGAGCAACUGGAGGAAUUCUGGGAGAAUCAUCCCAUGGGUGACCCCAAAUUGGAUGGCAAUCCAAUCAUGGAAGGAUGUGGCAAGUACCUGCCCCUCAUUCUUCAUGGGGAUGGUGGGGCAUUCCAGCGAGCAGAUAGCAUUCUGGUGCUGAGCAUGAGAUCACUGCUAUCUUCAUCCAGUGUAGCCCACAGCCAGAUGCUCCUCCUAGCCCUUCCAAAGUCUGCAAUCCACAAAUCUGAGAUUCUUGCUGAAGAUACCAUGCAUUGCCUCUGGUCAGUGCUGACCUGGUCAAUGCAGCAUAUGUACUUCGGCAAAUUUCCAGAGAAAGCUGCAGAUGGCAAAGACUGGCAGCACAAGUCAGCAAGGGGCCAAAAGGCAGGAACCUUGUUGAAUUCUGCAGGGCUUUGUGGAAUGAUCUUUGCCAUCACAGCAGAUGGCGAGUUCUUUCAAAAUGAAUACAAGCUGCCAGGAAGUUCCCAUGCAGAGUGCUGUUGGAGCUGUGGGGCAAACAGGUCCAGUCACCCACACAAUGACUAUAGAGCUGGAGCCAAAUGGAGGGAGACCAUCAAGAACCAUAAGGACAGCAACCCCACAGAUCACCUGAUCAUGACAGUGCCAGGCAUCAAUGGCUACACCUUGGCCUAUGACUCUCUGCACAUCUUGGAGCUGGGUGUUUCAGCCCACAUUGUGGCCAACUUCAUGUUUGACAUGGUGGUGAAGGCAGAAUUGCCAGGCAGCUCUUUUGAAGCCAGGCUGAAGGAACUUUUCAGAAAACUGUCUGGCUUAUACACUGAGCUGGCCACAGACUCCAGCAACCAAGUGAGAAGACUUCACUUGUCCACUUUCUGCCAGCCCAACAAGAAGUGGGACAGUUUUCCUGAGCUCUCAGGUGUGAAAGCAAAACAGGUGAGACACCUCAUCCCUCCACUCCUGGAACUCAGCCAGGAUUUGGUCGAUGAGAGCUCUUACAAAAAGCACAGGCUUGAGUGCAUCAAGAACCUCAACCAAAUGUAUGAAGCUAUGGAGUGCCAGGGGCUGCAUCCUGAUGAGUCAGCAUAUGAGCAGUACAAGAGGAGCACAGAGAAAUGUUUACUCCAUUACAGCAAGCUUGCCAAGAUUGCAAUCUCUCAGAACAUUCUUCAAUGGAACACUGUGCACAAGCACCACUUGGCUUGCCAUAUGCCAGAACAAUUUAGGCACUUGAACUGCAGGUUUGUGUCAACAUACUCUGGUGAAACAAUGGUGGGCUUCAUGGCCUCUCUUGGGCACGCCUGCCUCAAUGGCACUCCUCCACAUUUGGUGCCUGCAAAGGUUGCCUGGAGAUAUAGAUUGGGACUGCACCUGAGGGUGACACAUGGUGACUUUGACCUGGUGGAUUCUGAAGAGGAACUGUGA